UCUAGAACCAUCGAAUGGCCCUCAGAGAAAGAACUUAUAGAAGGUGUGUUAGUUGAUAGUUAAAAGGUCUUCGUGUUAUUCAAUUAGCCACUGUUUAUUGUGUGUUUUGUGUAAGCAAUUUCGUUUUGUACAAGCUGGUCCCACCCCACCUAUUACAUCACCGUGCUUCAUGCUUGCCGCUGACCGACCUCAACUGAACCCACACCGACCUCUCCUCCACUACCCUACCGCCCUAUCGCCUAUCACGGCUGACACAUUAACUCUGGUACGAUGGGGAACUGGUGAAUAUGGCUGCCGACACAGCAGAAACCCAACUUGCGAUCAGCGCCCUAGUUGCUGCCACACCUGCAGGCGGUGGUGGUGGUCCCGAGACACCAGCUCCAGUGCCCCAAACUCCCACUCCCACUCCCGUUCCAGUGCUACCACGCCAGUCUCAAGCCCAAAGCCAAAAUGGCCCUCCUCCUCCCCUUUCCCGAGUCCCCGAGCUCCCAGAGACCGAGCCCGUCCUGUUUCCCCCGCUUCACAACAGUGCCGACACAGACUCUGUAGCCUCUGGUAAAUCGGCACCUUUGCGCACAGGCGCUGGCGCGGGGCUAGGCGACGACAACGACGAGGACGAGCCAGCUGUCGCGAAACCCUUCCUGCGAACAUCGAGCCCCGACCCAGCAUCAUCGCGGCCAGGUGUAGGAGUAAUGGCAGAAGAUGACGAAGACGAGGAGGUUCGCCUCGGAUAUGGGGGUAUCGAUGGGGCAGGCCCCAGGUCGAGGUUGAUGCACAAGAUGCAUAGGUUCAGUUUGUACGAGACAGCCAGUCGCUUUUAUAUUGUCGGCGGCGAUGUCACAGAGAAGCGUUAUCGUAUCCUCAAGAUCGACAGGAUCAACGAUGACGAGUCGGAACUAAGUAUCACCGACGACAAGACAGUAUAUACUCAGAAGGAUAUGAACGAGCUGCUAGAUACGAUCGACGAUGGGAACAAGGGAACGGGUGGACUGAAGCUUCGAUGUACGACAUGGGGUUUGCUGGGGUUCAUCAAGUUUACCGGACCCUGGUACAUGCUUCUCAUCACCAAGAAGAGCACUGUGGCCAUGAUAGGCGGCCACUACGUUUACCAAAUCGACGGCACCGACCUCAUUCCCUUAACAUCACCCAACCUCAAGGUGGAUCAACGAAACACCAACACCGAGGAGUCGAGAUUCCUGGGAAUUCUGAACAACUUGGAUCUAACGCGCUCCUUCUACUACAGCUACUCGUAUGAUAUCACGCGGACAUUGCAGUACAACAUCACCAGAGAGCGGGCUGCGCUAAUCAAUGGCCACCCCUGUGCGGUUGACGAUGAUUUCAACUCCAUGUUUGUCUGGAAUAACCACUUGCUUCAGCCAGUUGCGAAACUUCUCAAUGCGCCGUAUGACUGGUGUCGCCCUAUAAUCCACGGGUACAUCGACCAAGCCGCCGUUUCGGUCUACGGCAGGACAGCACACAUCACUGUCAUUGCUCGCCGCAGUCGGUACUUUGCUGGCGCUCGUUUCUUGAAGAGAGGCGCCAAUGAUUUGGGCUAUGUCGCCAAUGAUGUAGAGACUGAGCAGAUUGUAUCAGAGGCCCUCACGACCUCGUUCCAUGCGCCUGGUCCCAAGUUCUUCGCCAACCCUUCUUAUACUUCGUAUGUGCAACAUCGUGGGUCUAUUCCUCUCUACUGGACGCAGGACAACACAGGUGUGACUCCGAAACCUCCAAUCGAGCUGAACCUGGUCGACCCCUUCUACAGUGCGGCCGCCCUGCACUUUGAUAACCUCUUCGAGCGCUAUGGGGCACCCAUCUACGCACUGAAUCUGGUAAAGUCUCGUGAGAGGACACCUCGAGAAAGCAAGUUACUCGAAGAAUACACGCGUGCCAUCAACUACCUCAACCAGUUCUUACCAGCAGACAAGAAGAUCAUCCAUCGUGCUUGGGACAUGUCCCGUGCCGCGAAAAGUCGUGAUCAAGAUGUCAUCGGGACGCUUGAGGAGAUCGCAGAAGAUGUAUUGAUCACCACGGGCUUCUUUCACAAUGGGGACGGUUACACAUCUCCCAUCCGCGUCCAGAACGGGGUGGCGCGCACAAACUGCAUAGACUGUCUCGACAGAACCAAUGCCGCUCAGUUUGUCAUUGGCAAGCGGGCACUUGGACACCAACUCUACGCGCUCGGCAUCCUUGGGGACACAGCCAUCAACUAUGAUACCGACGCUGUCAACUUGUUCACACACAUGUACCAUGACCAUGGUGACACCAUAGCCGUCCAAUACGGCGGCUCACAGCUCGUCAACACGAUGGAGACUUACCGCAAGAUCAACCAGUGGACAAGUCACUCCCGAGAUAUGAUUGAGAGCUUCAAGCGGUAUUACAACAACUCCUUUCUUGAUGGGCAGCGCCAGGAAGCCUACAACCUUUUUCUGGGCAACUAUAUUUUUGCCCACGGCCAGCCAAUGCUGUGGGAUCUAGCAACAGACUACUACCUUCAUCACGAAAACCCACGCACGUGGCUUGACAAGAGAAAAAGAGAUUACAUCCGUUGGUAUACACCGAAAUUCCUCGAACCGCGAGUCCUCCCACCCUACCAGCCCACCAAAGGAAAGGCUCCCCACACCAGCAAGCCAAUGUCGGCCUACGAUGACUACUGGCUUGAGUACUAUCGCCCUUCCACAUUAUCUUCCUUCCUCAAGAUGUUCUCUUACAAAAUGAACUCCACCCUCCGAUACAUCCCCUUCAAAUCAACCCUCGACGGCCGGUACGAUCUCAGCCCCUUCCGAGUCCGCACCGAGCUGGGCGACAGUGAAGCGCAAGAAAAGAAGAAAGCCAAGAAAGAAGUCACAAUCGUUGCUCCCCACGACAUGGUUCGCAUGGCCGACGACGCGGAAACAUCCUCGAUCAACGAAAAGACAGGCCAUGCUGGACCAACUCCCACCACAACAGCCAGCACAGGAAGCGGCAGCAAAGGCAUCUUCUCCCACCGCUGGCUCCAACCAGACAAACAUGCCACCCAUGGUAUAAUGAAAGACACCUCCCACCACCCCAACGACAACAGCGGCGACGAAGCAGCAAAAAACAAACAAUCGGCCCUUGAGAAAUCCCGCGCGGCACAAUGGACUUUUACCCAAGUAGUCCAGGAAUCUCUCAACCCCACCGUCAGCGCGGUAGAAGCGGAAGACUACGCGCGUUACAUUUCGCACCCGCAGAAUUUACCGCUGGUGGUGUCGAGCGAGAUACCGCUCUCGGAAAUCGAGCCAGAGUACCAGGAGUAUGUCAAUGGGAGUUGGCAGUGGGAGGGGCUGCCGAUUUCGACGCCCUGGCCCCAGAAGCUGGGGAUGCCGAGGAGGGAUGAUAGGGAGGAGGAGGAGGAGCAGGAGCAGGAUAGGGAGUUCUAUUUGGAGACUGUGACGGUGGGGGAGAACCCGCUGACGGUUACCGAGGAGGAUGCGCAGAAGAAGAGGUAUAAGGCUUAUAGGAAGUGGUUGAGGGGGAAGAGCUUGUUUAAACAGCAGCCGGUGGAUUAG